UGCCUGAAAUCUGUGCGUUGCCCCUUUAAUUGUGUCCUCAGCCCUCGGGCGUUUCUGUCCAACGCCCACGUCAGCAAAUACCUUUUGUUUCUCCCACGUUGGGGCUACUUGUUUUAGGGCGCAAAGCCUCGGCCUCGGAAAGGGGGUGCUUCCCCUAUCGGGAAUCGGGAAUCGCUCCGCAGCGCGCGGGAGCGAGCGGCCAGAGCCCCGCGACACUCCGCUGUUCGUGAACUUGUUGACUCGGAGUCCUUCCUCUUUGCCCUUCAACAGCCCUAAGGCUUGAGAGUAGCUUCGUGCAUUGCCAGAAUGGAGAUCUCCUCUCACCAGUCUUACCUCCUGCAGCAACUGAAUGAGCAGCGCAGGCAAGACGUGUUUUGUGACUGCAGUAUUCUCGUGGAAGGCAAGGUCUUCAAAGCGCAUCGGAAUGUCUUGUUUGCGAGCAGCGGCUACUUUAAAAUGCUGCUUUCUCAGAACUCAAGGGAGACGAGUCAGCCGACCACAGCCACGUUUCAGACCUUCUCCCCCGAUACCUUCACAGUCAUCCUGGACUUCGUCUACUCCGGCAAACUCUCUCUUACGGGACAGAAUGUUAUAGAGGUGAUGUCUGCUGCCAGCUUCCUUCAGAUGACUGACGUCAUUAGUGUGUGUAAGACUUUCAUUAAGUCUUCCUUGGACAUUAGCGAGAAAGAGAGAGAUCGCUACUUCAGCCUCUCAGAUAAGGACACUGGCUCUAAUGGAGCAGAGCGUCCCUCUUUUUAUAAUAGCAGCUGGCAGGAAGAAGGAGGGUCUCCCCGCUCUCUCGUGAACCCAGACCCAGGAAAGCCAUGGAACAAGUACAGUUACCACCCAGCCUCCCAGAGAAGUCCUCAGCGACCGUUGGCCAAGCAUGAGCAAAGGAAGGAGCUCAGUAGAAAGGCCAAGCAUGUGAGAUUGCCACAACCAUCUGAAGUGGUUCACUUUAAGUCCGGCCAAGGAGAAGCUCAGACAUCCGACUCCGGCAACCACGUUUCCCAGUCUGAAGAGCAGGUACCAGUGGAUGCUGAAGUGGACUCUGCUUCUGCUGGUUUCCAGUACAACCAAGGGUCUGAUGGCAUAUCCAGGAGCUUUGCAGAUGACCCGCCCAGGCUGCGAUUCAAAUGCCCAUUCUGCACACAUGUGGUGAAACGGAAGGCAGACCUCAAGCGCCACCUGCGCUGCCACACAGGAGAGAGGCCCUACCCGUGCCAAGCUUGUGGGAAACGGUUCAGCAGGCUAGACCAUCUCAGUAGCCAUUUCCGAACUAUUCACCAGGCGUGCAAACUCAUCUGCAGGAAAUGCAAACGCCACGUGACUGACGUCACGGGGCAAGUGGUGCAGGAAGGAACCAGACGCUACAGACUGUGUAACGAGUGUCUCGCUGACGUGGGCAUGGAAAGUCUCCCUGCCGACCUGGAGGCUGAGCAACACCGCACAGCCCCUGCCGAUGGUGACAAGGACUGCCGGUGGCACCUGAGCGAAGAAGAGAAUAAUAGAUCCUAUGUGGAGAUCGUAGAGGACGGGUCCGCCGAUCUGGUCAUACAGCAGGUUGACGACAGCGAGGAAGAGGAAGAAAAAGAAAUAAAACCCAACAUUAGGUAGCCCGAAGUGUGACCUGUCAGAGCUGCCACGCCUGCUAUUUACACAGACAUGCUGUGUCUGUCUCUCCAUUGGCAGAGCCCGGUGAAUGGCUUUCUCCUACUGACUUAGAAGCAACCUGAUGUAACUUGCAUGCUUUCUGAAUAGGCCACUGUAUCCAUUCUGAACGUUGUUGCUGCGCUGGGAAGACCUUGCUCGAUGUUGGCAUGACGGAUGAUCAAUUACCCUUUCUGUUAUUA